AAGACGCGACUGGCCGCGUGCCCCGCAGAGGCCUGAGGGGAGAGGUCGACGGUGGCAGCUCAGCGAUGGCGACCGCGGGCGGCAGCCGACGAGCCCCGGUCCCGGGCCCUCGGCUCGGCCUGCCUCUGGCCGCUCACCUGCCUGCGAGCCUGGGCGGGGAGGGCGCGAAGGACAGCCUCGGGGGUGAGAAAACUUCUGGAAACAAUGACUGGUUUCAGAGUUCCAGGGUCCCUAGCUUUGCUCAGAUGCUGAAAAAGAACUUACCAGUUCAGUCAUCAGCUCAGACUGUCACUUUGCCCACCGGCUAUUCGGAAAAUUGUAGCCUGUCGAAUAUGGCAUCCAAGGUUACACAAGUGACAGGUAAUUUUCCAGAGCCAUUGCUUUCCAAAGGUCUUUCAUCUAUUUCAAAUCCUGUCCUUCCUCCUAAAAAAAUACCUAAAGAAUUUAUAAUGAAAUACAAACGUGGAGAGAUAAAUCCUGUGUCAGCCUUGCAUCAAUUUGCACAAAUGCAGCGUGUUCAGCUUGACCUUAAGGAGACUGUAACAACAGGUAAUGUUAUGGGACCAUAUUUUGCUUUUUGUGCUGUGGUGGAUGGUAUUCAGUACAAGACUGGACUGGGACAAAAUAAAAAAGAAUCUAGAUCCAAUGCAGCAAAAUUAGCUCUUGAUGAGCUUCUACAAUUGGAUGAACCUGAGCCAAGAGUUAUAGAACCAGCAGGACCUCCUCCUAUCCCUGCAGAACCUGUUGUUAUACCUGAAGCAGCAUAUAUUUCAAAAGUACAAUAUGAAGGGAGACAAGUCCAGUAUGCCAAGAUUUCACAACUUGUUAAAGAAACAUUUAGUCAACUAAUUUCUAGCCACUCACAAUAUCUGAAAUGUAGCAGUUCAUUGGCUGCUUUUAUAAUUGAAAGAGCUGGACAUCAUGAAGUUGUGGCUAUAGGCACGGGUGAAUACAACUACAGCCAGUGCGUCAAGCCGAAUGGGAGGGUGCUGCAUGAUACUCAUGCAGUUGUUACAGCAAGAAGGUCUCUCCUUAGGUACUUUUAUAGGCAGCUUCUACUCUUCUAUAGCAAAAAUCCUGCUAUGAUGGAAAAGUCAAUCUUUUGUACAGAACCAGCUUCUAAUCUGCUUACUCUGAAACAGAACAUCAACAUUUACCUCUACAUGAACCAGUUGCCUAAAGGAUCAGCCCAGAUUAAGUCACAGUUACGCCUUAAUCCACAUUCUAUUUCUGCGUUUGAAGCCAAUGAAGAACUGAGUCUCCAUGUGGCCGUUGAAGGCAAAAUUUAUCUUACUGUUUACUGUUCUGCUGAUGGAGUUAAUAGAGUAAACAGUAUGUCCUCAAGUGAUAAGUUGACAAGAUGGGAGGUGCUUGGUGUACAGGGAGCAUUGCUGAGUCACUUUAUACAGCCAGUUUAUAUCAGCAGUAUACUUGUUGGUGAUGGGAAUUGCAGUGAUACUAGAGGCUUAGAAAUCGCAAUAAACCAACGUGUUGAUGAUGCACUCACUUCAAAACUUCCCAUGUUUUACUUGGUCAACAGGCCUCAUAUUAGCUUAGUACCCACUGCAUAUCCAUUGCAAAUAAACUUGGACCAUAAGUCACUCAGUUUGAACUGGGCACAAGGGGACAAUUCUUUGGAAAUCGUGGAUGGCCUAAGUGGGAAGAUCACUGAAAGUUCCCCAUUUAAAAGUGGUUUGUCAAUGGCAAGUCGGCUUUGUAAGGCUGCAAUGUUAAGUCGAUUUAAUCUGCUUGCUAAGGAAGCUAAAACAGAUGAUUUACUUGAAGCUCGGACAUACCAUGCAGCUAAGUGUAUGUCUGGACCCUAUCAAGAAGCUAAAGCACUAUUGAAGUCCUACUUGCAGCAGCAUGGCUAUGGCUCCUGGAUUGUGAAGUCUCCCUGUAUAGAGCAAUUUAGUAUGUGAAUUAGACAGCACAUUGUCAUAUUAAAAAUCUUUUAUUUUUGAUGUGUUUGACUGAUAAAAAUGUUUUAAAAUAUUGAGGCUUCAGCCUUAAUAGUAGAAGUCUUGUAACAAUGCCCAGACAUUGAUAAAAAUGUGUAAAUACCCAUGUCACCUUGUAUUGAAACAUCAUGCUCCUUUGCCUUUUAUAAAAAGUUACCUGAUUAAA